GCAGUAGUAUACGCUUACACGGAGGUUACUCACACGCACAGACAUUUAAAUAAAUCCUCGCAUCCUACUGCAGUAAUACGAAAUUGAUAAAUAAUGCUACUUGACCGGCAUUUUGACUUCUUGAUGUAUUUACAUUAUUUCGUCAGUGAUUGUAGUAUUAUCUGUGGUGAUAAUUGUCUGGAUUUCUUACCAACCAAUGUCUCUUACAUGUAAUGCGUACUCUUGUACUUCAUAUGACCGCUACACGAGGUGAUCUGUGGCUGAGAGGUCGACAAGGACUGAAAGACGUUAAAUAAUGGGAGGCAAACUUUCAGCUUUAGAUCCCAUGCAGGUUGAAGUUCCAGAAUUGAAGGCACUUUUGGACCGUGAUCCUUAUUUAAGGCCUUACGAAAGAGAGUUUCGACGACGCUAUGCCUGUUUCCAAGAUUAUGUAGACAAGGUUAAUGAGUAUGAAGGUGGAAUGGAUAACUUUACCCAGGGUUACAAGUGCUUUGGAAUCCAUGUAAAUACUGACAACUCAGUGACUGCGAGAGAGUGGGCUCCUGGUGCAGUGCAGGUGUAUCUGACAGGAGAAUUUAAUGGAUGGAAUAGGGAAGGACAUCCCUACAAAAAGUUGGAAUAUGGCAAAUGGGAAUUACAAAUUCCAGCAAAUCCUGAUGGUUCCUGCCCAAUUGCCCAUAGGUCUGAAGUCAAGGUAGUGAUACGUACAAAGAAUGGGGAGCUGGUGGAUCGCCUCUCUCCGUGGGCUGACUAUGUAUUGCAGCCUCCUAGAGUCGAGGGCUUCACAUUCAAACAGAGGUUCUGGAACCCCCCUUCGCGUGAGAAAUAUCAAUUUAAGCAUGACAGAGCAAAGAAGCCACUGAGUCUCCGCAUCUAUGAAUGUCAUGUAGGAAUUGCAACAGAAGAGCUGAAAGUUGGGACUUACAAGGAAUUUGGAUCAAAAAUCAUCCCAAGGAUAGUAAAGCAAGGCUACAAUGCCAUUCAGUUGAUGGCAAUAAUGGAACAUGCUUAUUAUGCCAGUUUUGGUUACCAGGUAACCAGCUUCUAUGCUGCUUCCAGUCGCUAUGGAACUCCUGAAGAACUGAAGGAGCUGAUUGACAUCGCGCAUGCCCAUGAUCUGUACGUGCUGCUUGAUGUGGUUCACUCACAUGCCUCCAAAAAUGUCCUUGAUGGCCUAAACCAGUUUGAUGGAACAAACAGUUGUUUCUUCCACGAUGGCCCCAGAGGUGAACACUGUCUCUGGGGCAGUCGCCUCUUCAACUACUCUGAGUAUGAAGUGUUGAGAUUUCUGCUGUCCAAUCUCCGAUGGUACUGUGAAGAGUACCGUUUUGAUGGCUUCAGGUUUGAUGGUGUCACAUCUAUGUUAUAUCAUUCCCGUGGAAUUGGUGAAGGUUUCGGUGGCCAUUAUGAUGAGUACUUUGGUUUGAAUGUUGACACCGAGGCACUGGUGUACUUGAUGGUGGCUAACCACAUGCUUCAUGAGUUAUAUCCAGAUGUCAUUACCAUUGCUGAGGAUGUGUCUGGUAUGCCAGGAAUGUGCCGCCCUGUGUCAGAGGGAGGACUUGGGUUUGAUUAUCGACUUGGUAUGGCAAUUCCAGAUAAUUGGAUAAAACUUCUGAAGGAAGUAAAAGAUGAUGAUUGGAAUAUUGGCAAUAUUGUUCAUGCUCUCACAAAUCGACGGUGGCAGGAGAAGACUGUUGCUUAUGCAGAGUCACAUGACCAGGCCUUGGUUGGUGACAAGACAAUUGCAUUUUGGCUAAUGGACAAAGAGAUGUACACACACAUGUCAACAGCUUCUGAGCCAUCGGCAGUCAUUGAUCGAGGAUUAGCACUGCACAAGAUGAUAAGGCUGAUCACACAUGGAUUGGGAGGGGAGGCAUACCUCAAUUUUAUGGGCAAUGAGUUCGGACAUCCUGAAUGGCUUGACUUUCCACGGGCCGGAAACAAUGACUCAUACCAUUAUGCACGUCGUCAGUGGCAUCUGGUGGAUGAUGACGUGCUGAGGUAUAAGUUUCUGAAUGCAUUUGAUGCUGACAUGAAUGGUCUGGAGGAACGCCACGGGUGGCUGCACAAAGAUUCGGGGUAUGUAAGCUGGAAACAUGAGGCUGAUAAAGUUGUGGCUUUUGAACGAGCAGAGCUUCUGUUUGUCUUCAACUUUCAUCCGACCCAGAGUUUCCCUGAUUAUCGCAUAGGAGUGGAGGUGCCUGGAGAAUACAGGGUAGUCCUCGAUACAGAUUUUGAAAAAUAUGGAGGCUUCUAUCGAGUGGAUUCAAAUGUUCCACAUUUCACUUAUCCUGAAGAGUUUGCUGGUAGAAGGAAUUCAAUCAAGCUGUACUUGCCAUCACGCACAGCACAAGUGUAUGAGCGAGUUUAGUUCCUGCAGGCGUGUGAUUGUAUACAUUUGUCAGUAGUUCGGAACUUCUCUACAUUCUGCGGCAUCUGUAUGAUUGUAAUAGAACCACUUUCUCAUUUCAAGGUAAGUGAAAGUCAGCACUCACGUAGUAAAAUUUAUGUAUAUUUGAGACUGGAUUUGAAGUUAUCUGAUUAACCCUUUAAAGAUCAGUGUUAACUAUAUGUAGAAUAUAUAGUUAAAGACUGUAAUCUUGCGACUUGCGGGGUGAGGAGGAAAGACGGCGUCUGCCUUUAAUGCUACGGACUUCCUGCCUUCCUUGCAAGUCUCAAGAUUGCAGUCGUACACUGUACUUUGAUAACCAAUAACUCAGAAUUUUUCCACUGAGAUUGAUGUGAUUAUCAUAGUAAACCAUUUAUUACCCUAAACAGCUGUAACAUAGCAAUCUUUGUAUUGGAGAAGCAUUGUGUUUUGUUUGAAAUGAGACAAUUUUUAAAUAUCCUUAAGAUGUGCUUCAUCUUCAAAGGGUUAAUUGGAUAUACAUCUUGAUGCUUGUUUCCUACGUGAUGUAACAAGAUUGCUGUAAAUUGUGUAUUCAUAUGAAUUCCGUGGAUGAAAGAAGGAUUGGCUUUCUUUUACUUUUCUGGAGAACCUACGCUGUAAAGGGUUAACUGCGCAGCUGGUGACUGCAACCCACAUACCAAAGUAUAUUCAUUAUGCUGCAUAAUGAGUUGUCAUACGUUCUGGAAUGAUUGACCUUCCGAACUAGUUUAAAAUUAUUCAAACAUGCAAAUUCACAUAUACAAUUGAAUUGAUUCUGACUUGAUUUUGUGUUUCAGUGUUCUCUUAUUCUGGGCUUCUCAUAUACCAAUGCCAAAAUUAAGUUAUGUACUGUAACGGAAGACAAGUAAAUAAGUUCCUACAAAAUUAAGUUUUACUUGUUAUAUUUUGUUUUGUCCUCAGAUUGAGUCUGUAAAAUUAAUAUAGUUUUCCCAAAGGGAAUGUGGAAGUUAUUGAAAGCAAUAGAACAUAAAAAUAUUUACGCUUGUCUCAUACUAGUUUUAUAAAGUUCCAGAGAAAGUCACUCCUUACUAUAAAAGUACAAAUACAACACAAAAUUCAAUUACAUAGCCAAAAGAGUAAAACUCAAAGAUUUGUUCCAAUAAAUGGUAGUUUAACUCUUGUAUAUUUAGACAGUAACAUCAUUUCUAUUCCAGAUUGACUUAUUUGUGUUGUGUUACUGACUAAGGAAGUGUUUGGAGAGAUUCUGUCUGUAAUUGCUUCUACACAUUACAUUAUAAAGAAAUUGUAUGCCAAAUAAAUAAUGAUGCACACCAUGUUGUUAAA